AUCCUGCUGCUGCCACUCCUCCUCCCCACCCUGAAGCCCCUGCAAAAGUACAGAGCGUAGAGGACUUUGUUCCUGAUGACAGCCUGGACCACAGCUUUCUAGAAGACCCAGCCCCACAGAAGGACAAAGGGAAACUGCAGACAAAACACCAUGUCGAUAGUGAAAGCGAUGGAGAGGCACCCGGGGGGAACCCCAUGGUGGCAGGUUUCCAAGAUGACCUGGAUCUGGAUGACAAAAUCCCCAGCAGACCCAUGCUGGGAGCAGAACGGGUGCCCAGCAAGAACGUCACCCUCUCCAGUGAGGAGGAGGAAGAGGAAGAGGUGAAGGACUCUAAGGUCGUACUCAUACCUGAUGAAGACAUGGACAUGGAGCACGAAAAAAAAAGGUCUUCCAGAAAUUCUCUGAAACCACAGUGUGAAGAAAUUUUGACCAAAGCAACUGACCCGAAGCCUCCUGACAGUUUACCUCCACGUUCUGGGUCUGAAAGAAACAGCAGCAGUAAGCUCAACACUAGCCUGCCAGCUGCUACUGCUGCCAUCCCAGCAGCAGUCCAGGCCCCAAAGACCACUUCACAAAGCAGAGGACAUACUCUCAAGCAGAAAGUGGUCAAAGAGGAAAAGCCUGAGGAGUCUGACAGUGAUCAAGAGGGACCAAUAGCUACUCAGAUGCUCUCAUUUGUUAUGGAUGACCCAGACUUCGAAAGUGAGGAUUCUGACAGCCAGAAGAAGAAAAUGGAUGAAUUCCCGGUCCGGGAAGAUCUCUCUGAAAUAUCCGAUGAUGAUACCUCGUUGGCAAAGCCAUCCCAGCCUGUGAAAUCAACAGUCCACUCCUUUAAACUGAAAAAUGACUCAGAUCUCUUUGGUUUGGGUUUGGAAGAAACUGGUCCCAAGGAGAGCAGUGAGGAAGGUAAAGCAGAUAAACAACCUUCUAAGGAGAAAAAGAAGAAGAAAAAGAAAAGCAAAGAGGAAGAGGAGAAGUCUGUGAAAAAGAAGAGCAAACACAAGAAGAGCAAAGAGAAGGAGGAGAGCAAAGAGGAGAAAAAGAAAAAGAAGAAGAAGAGCAAGGAGAAAAACAAUGAAAUAGAUGAACUUGAGGCUUUUCUUGGAGGAGGAGGAGCCAGCAUGAGCAAGCCACGAGGAGGUGGGGACUAUGAAGAGCUGUAG